AUGGCUGCGAACGACGCAGUGGUCCCCAGCGGCCUCGGCGGCAGAGCUGAUCCUCCUUCAGCCUCCCAGUCGAAACGAGACCGCAAGCGACUUGCUCUCAUAGAGCGCCUCAUGACCCUUACUGAAAAGUUUUCACGUACAAGAGACUUGACUCUUCGUGAUCAACUCCAAAAAAUCCAGCUUGACAUGACUCUGGUUCAGCGCUUCGACCCUUACGACCCCAGGGUGCUCGAGGUCAUCGCCGAGAUCCAGAGAGAAUACGCCGAGACCCAAGGCCCUGAUGUCAACGCCGAAGAUGCACGACCUCUUCUCGACAUGGCUGGAGUCCGCUUCUCCGAUUACAUCGGCGAGAUCGAGGAUCUAGUCGAAAUUCGCGACUUUCAAUUGGCGCUGUCCAAGAACGACUACGAACGAAGGCUGCAAGAGUACAAGAACACCUAUGCUUAUAAGGUCGAAACCGCCAAGCGCGAACACGAAGCGCUGGCCAAUACCCUCCGCGAUCGCCUCAUUAACACCCUGACCCAUAAGAAGAACCGAUUGAACCGGGAGAAGGAAGUUUUGGAGAUUAACGACUCCAACGCUCUGCUCCUGAACCCAAGUCAGUUCAGCCUUACGAAUCCUUCGAGCCCCGGCGGCACCCAUGGCAAGCGAGCCACGCGUCUGCGCAAAGAUGCCGAUGACCUGCACAUGUACUCCGACUCCAAGAAGCGGAAGCGAAACGGUGGUGAUGACGACGGUUCGCCUGCUCCCAUUCGACGCGCCCUCGACCCCAACAACACCACACCUCUCUGGCAGUCUGAGAAGGCUCGCGCCGCUGCCAAACAGAACGGCCCCGUUUACAGCAUUGACAAGCUCUUUACUGACAAAGAGCUGUCUCUCAACUACAACACUGCUGCUGUUGCUGCUCAUCAAUACAUUCUCCGCAACCGGGUCAACGGCAAUGGCUCACCCGAUGACAGCGACUCUGGCCAUGGCGAUGCCAAUGGCGACCAUGAUGAUCUUGCGCCUGCGGCCCCUGCCAUGGAGCGCUCUGUCUCACACGCCACCCGAAGCGGGCGUGGCGCCAACCACAACUUUAUUGAUGAAAAGAUCCUUGGUAUCGAGGGUGUUGUGAACUACGAGGGCAUUGGCAACUUGGAUCUCGUCCACGCACAGGAGCCGCCCAAGAUGCCGCCGUUUGUCCCUUCGCAGUACCUGAAGCCAUACCCCCGUUCCGCCGACCAGAACUUCCCUGUUCCUCUGUCCAACGACGACAUCCAAUCCGAUCUCUCCGUCAUGGGAUACUUCAAGCAGUACGAUGCUUCUCACAAGCCUGGCGCUCACCUUGACGUUAAGGGUGGUCUGCGAAGGGUUCUUGAGGCCGUUUCGACUCCCUAUCAGGAAGGACGCUACGUCGCAUUCACCGGCGCCUCCCGAGAGGAUCCGGAGCACGUCCGGGAUGCCCUUGGCCUGCCGACCGUCAGCAGCCUCCGUGACCAGCCGAGCCCCGCGCAUAUCGGCGCCGUUGCCGCUCUGUCAAGCGCCGCCGUACCAAUGAGCCGUCAGAGCAGCGCCGGAGGUGUUGCCAUGAGCCGACAGGGGAGCAGCAGCACCCGCGGCAAGGGACGCAAGAACUGA